UGUGUGUGUGUGUGGACAGAAUGCGCUCCGUGUUGUUAUUCGGGUCUGUGCUGGUCCUGUCCACCGUCUCCCUCUACACUCUGUCCUGUUACCUCCCACCUGUACCGCGGGGGGGCAGGCAGGGCCGCGGGGGGGCGGGGGAGGGGCGGUCUGCAGGAGGAGGAGGAGGAGGAGAGGGGGAGAUGAUCAGUUUGAAGUUCCCGUCUGAUCUGCAGGAGUUAAAACAGAUGACGGCGCUGUUACGCUUUUAUAAAAUGCAGAACAGCGGCUUCGUCCUGCUCUUGUUCUCCAGCGCUUAUCUCUACAAACAGGCUUUCGCCAUCCCGGGGUCAUCACUACUGAACAUCCUGGCGGGGGCGCUGUUUGGACCCUGGCUGGGACUGGUGCUGUGCUGUGUCCUCACCACCGUAGGAGCCUCCAUGUGCUUCCUGCUCUCUCACUUCUUCGGAAAGCAGCACAUCAUACGCAUGUUUCCCGACAGAGUCGCCCAGCUACAGAGAAAGGUGGAGGAGAACCGCAGCAGUUUGUUCUUCUUCCUGUUGUUCCUGCGUUUGUUCCCCAUGAGUCCAAACUGGUUCCUCAACAUGAGUUCUCCGAUCUUCAACAUCCCGCUCUCACACUUCUCACUCUCCGUUCUCAUCGGUCUGAUGCCGUAUAACCUGGUGUGUGUACAGACGGGCGUGGUCCUGUCUGAUCUGACGUCUCUGGAUGACGUGCUGUCCUGGAGCGUGGUGCUGAAGCUGCUGCUCAUCGCCUGUGCUGCCCUGCUGCCCUCUGCCCUCAUCCGUCGCUAUGGAAACACACACACACAUACAGCGUACACGCACCCAGAACACAAAGAUCGCUGAUGCACUUAACCUGUGUGUGUGUGUGUGUGUGUGUGUGUGUGUACGGGAGGUGCUAUAUUACAUCAUUACAUUAUAAAUUUACACAGAUCAGCCGUAACGUUACAGCACAGAACAUUUAAGCCCAUUAGUGUGUGUGUUCCCCUAGUGCCCCUCAGGGUGUGGCUCUGCAGGGGCCUCUGGCGGGGCCCGGGGU